AUGGGCAACCACCGCGGCACUCACCACCACCACAUAAGCUCCUUCAACCCCUCAUGCUGCUUCAGACCUUCCCCAACAGAAGACACCCCAAAGAGAUCAGCUCCGACUGACAAAACCUCUUACUCCUCUUCUCACUCGAAGCAGAAGCGCCUGUUCCGCAUCGGCUCCUUGUCCUUCACCCUGUCGUCGCCGCGAAUCAGCUGGAUGGGCCAGAUAAAGAGAUGCAGGCCAUCUUCUCACGACUCCUCCUCCUCCACCUCCUCCUCCUCCUCAGCCACCACUUCCUCAACCAGGAGUGGUUCUUGGUCUUCCAGGGGGAGCAGCAAGUUAAUAAGGAUCACAAAGGUUCUCCUGGGGAGGAGUGCAAGCCCUCCGGUAUCCCCGGGGGAAGGAGCUGACGACCACAGUGCGUCCGGAGUUAGCAUCAGCGUUGUCGACAUGGACCCGCCGCUCCCGGUGCUGAGGCGAGCUGCAAGGAGUGAGGAAUCGAACAGUUUGUGGGAGAGGAGAUGUGGUGGAGCUGCACUCAGGGGCCUCCAGACUCAGCUGCCGCAGCAGCAACUCUGUGCUGUGGUGUUCUAG